AACACACGCUGCGAAAAAGAUCUCUACACCCCGAUUACACCAUGAAUUUAAUCAACCUCAUCGCCUUCGCAACGGCACUUCUUCCGUCCACCGUCUGCGUACUAGCUCAAGUCGUCCGCCCAGACUUCACCCCAGGCCGCUGCACCUUCUGGGGUACCGUGCAUCGAGACUGUAACAGCAAGGGCAAGAUGACGACAUACCUCAAUGUCUCUCCGUUCUACGACCAUGACGGCAAGCAGUUUAUGAUGCAGACUGACGCUGUUCACCUGACUGACGGACUGACGUUGACGGGGCCGGUUGCUGGCCAUCCGCUACAUAUCGCAUACGUGGACGAUGGCGUGACCUUCACCUACCGGGAUUCCCACUGGCCUAAUAACGACAAAGACGGCAGAUUUUUUUGUACUACACAGCCAUGGGUUGGCCAGCCCUUGCUGUGUAGCGCGCGAGACCGUAUUCACCGAACACAAGUUCUGAGCUGCAACUUCGCGUGCGAAAAGCCCAGGGCAAACAAGCGCUCUGUCAGCAAGAGUUUCGAAGCCUAGGAGUGCAGCGAGAAGACAGCGACUGACGACGGGAGAGUAAGUCUAAUCCGUGUCGGAACAAAGACUUGAUACUAAGAUGGAUAUGGGGUUGCUGGAACGAUAGGUGUUAUUCUUCGAGACGCCACAUGCU